CCAACCCAGAAAGGUUAGAGGUUAGUGAGAGAGCUGCUAUCACUGUAGGUAAACAAGUGUAGAGAAAUCAGAGAGCUCGUACGCCAAAGCUCAGGCUCCCUGAGCAGAUAUUUGAACCGGUGAGAAGCGGGGAUCGAAGGAUAGGCUAGACAGCUUGCCUUACCUGUGCUCCCAGUCCAGAGCAUAUGCAGCAAAGGCAAGAAAAAGCUUUCCUGUAGUAAAGAGGGGAAAAAAGGUAAAGUGGGGAAAGAGACACGUUGGGAGCAGAAGAAAAAGAGCAUCUGGGGGAAUAACUGUGAUGGAAAACCUGCCCGUCUAUCACGGACCCAUCGGCAAGGACGAGGGAGAAAGGCGGCUGGGCCAGGACGGCCGAGACGGGUGCUACCUAGUCCGCAACAGUGACACCGUGGAGGGUGUCUACUGCCUGUGUGUGCUAUGCCAAGGCUACGUCUACACAUAUAGAAUCCACAGAGAUGAUGCAGGCUCAUGGGCAGCAGACACCACUCCUGGUGUGCAGAAACGAUAUUUCCGGCAAAUCAAGAAUUUGAUAGCAGCUUUCCAGAAGCCUGGACAAGGAAUUGCCGUGCCUCUGCUCUACCCUGUCACCGCUCAGAGACGGGCGCAGACACACACAGAGGAGCCCUGUAAUAGCCCGUCGACGACGGAGAGCAGCCCGAACCCUUACUUCCAGCAGCGGAUGCCACAUGCUGCACAGGGACAGAAAAACAGGAACAAGAAGGAGGUGCGACAAGCUUUUGGUUAGGGGCGAACCCUAAGCUGCACCACUGACCUCAUUUCUAAGCAGAAAUACUGCCAGGGCACCAUUCCUGCUGUUUGCGUUUUUUGCAUAAUGUGCAUCAAGUAAAUGUCAUUCCCCCCCCCUAUUUGCUACAUUGAGCUCAUUUAGGCUCCAGCAGUGACUCAGAUCUCAGCCUCCUUCUACUUUUUUUUUUUUUUGCAUAUGCAGCACAGAAAGCGCAACCCCCCCUCUCUCCUCCCCUCUUAACUUUCUGGGAUGUAAAAGAUUCAGCUGCAGAACCAUUAAUAUCCAUUACCGCAUACAUAAGCUGACAACAAAUAUUGUGCUCUGUUUUCUUAAUGCAAUAGAGUUGUGUGAGCGGCAAAGAAAAUAAAUGAUAUUGGCUGAAAUAAACUCUUUUAAAUAAGGUCAUGCACACACAGCCGUACACACCCGAGCCUGCGUUUGACAUAAUGCUGAGGGGAAAGGGGGGGGGGGACGAGAGAAAAAAAUUCAAUUUGACAUAUUGGAGUGCUGAUUUCCACAGAGAGAAUGCUGACUACUGGUGUGUGUGCAUGCGUGUGUGUGGGUCCAUCAUUCACUCGUCUGAUUGGCAUUACAUGAUGAAAAAAAAAAUGAGAGAGAAAGCGGAGCUGAAAGAGGAGAGCAUCCAUUCAGCGCAGACAAUUCUUCAGUGCAGCGGUCUCCUAGCAACCGGACCCUCCAUCUUUUCACCGCGGAGAUGAGGUUGGACAGUAUCUAACGGAGCAUAUGGUUUCGAAGGGAAGGUGCAUCGCAGCCGAUCGGCAGAGUGCUAGUCGGGAAUGUAUAUCACCUGCUCGCAGUCAGAACAUAUGCAUUGUGUGUGUGUGUCUGUCAUCCGCGGCCCGGGAGAGGAAACACAAACAAUUAAUGGUGGGCAGAUGGUGGAGCGACGGCGGGAGGCGAGUGUGUGUGUGUGUGGGGGAGGCGAUGGGGGAGGCAGACGGACAGGGAGGUGGAUUAGCAACAUUUAAAGAAAAAAAAA